AUGCUAGAUGACAACAAUGGCGUCAGAUACUGGCCAGACAACUACCCAAGCAGCGAGGACUCAACAAACGCUAACAAGCUGACUCAACCAAAGGCCAACCAAAAGAACCAGAAACCUGCUGUCCUACAACUUGUUGCCCCUACACCUGGAGAAGCGCUCGGUCUCGAGAACAGAUCAGAUUUCACCAAUUUUAGCUUUGCUGCCGGGGAAGAAGACACAGAGGGACCGGGAAUAUCUUCAGUAAGACCUCUACGGCCGCAAGAGAAUAACGCUGACAUGGGCCAGGGUGGCCAAUUCGAUGGUGCAGUACCCAACAAUGCGACUGACAAUAUCUCCCCUCCCGAUCCGAACCCUAGGCCUCGAUCGACCGAAGAAAGCGAACCGAGUGGCAAAUUUCCCAGGCCAGGGAAUGUUGCAAGGCGCUACAUCCCUUGUAGGAAUAGAAGACGCCCUCGCAACGAUGACUAUAUAUCGGAAGGAACAAUGGAGGAAUACAUAUGGUCCUCGACAUCUUCAGAAAGUGAUUUCGAUUCAGACACGCAAUAUGAACAGAUGGACAAUGGCACCGAGAACGUAGAAGAGUGUCCACCCGGACCAACCAUUGUGACGAACGAAGAAGCUAGGUUAGCCGCCGGUAUGCCCAUAGAUGAUCGAAACGUCAAAGAGAUCGCCGCUGAUAUCUGGAAUGAGCAUUUAGGCCAGCAUAAUACUGAUACUGGUCGAAACGAAACCAUGACUCCGCCCCCCCUCCCAUCAACAAGGCUUCAGGACUGGGGCCUGAUGGGAUGUCGAAUACCCAAAGCAACGUCGAUAACGACACUGGUGAAGCUAGGGAAGCCCAACUGA